GCUAAACAAGUGGCGGGCUUUCGCACACAAAAUGUUCGUUUAAGCGCCGAUCCGAGACCUUCGCUCUCUCUCUCUCUUUCUUCACGAGAAAGCAGAGCACAACCUUGUUUGGUUCCUUAUCUUUCACUGCAUUGUGUUUGGAUUGAAUUCAUCUCUGUAGAAAUCUUCUGUUCCGCCGAACUGGAUUUCUCUUUAUUGCAUUGAUUUUGAGAUUUUUCUGUUGAAGAAUGGAGAUUCAUGACUAGUUUUAGGGUUUUCAGGGGACAUAAGUCGUAAGGAGAAGCUUUGAGUCAUGGACAAAAAGAAGUAUCCGAUUGGUUGUGAGAAUUACGUUCUGUAUGAAGUAGUUGGGCAGGGUGUAAGCGCUUCUGUUUAUCGUGCGCUCUGCAUUCCGUUCAAUGAGACUGUCGCCGUCAAAAUACUUGAUUUCGAGAGAUAUGGCACUGAUCUGAGUAAUAUAUCUCGGGAGGCACAGACUAUGAUCUUGGUUGAGCACCCUAAUGUUCUAAAGGCUUACUGUUCCUUUGUUAGCGAUCAUGAUUUGUGGGUUGUAAUGCCAUUCAUGGCCGGGGGUUCUUUCCUUCAUAUAUUGAAAGCUGCUUAUCCGAAUGGGUUGGAGGAAGUAGUUAUAGCAACUAUUUUACGUGAAGUAUUAAAGGGUCUAGAAUACCUUCAUCAACAUGGGCAUAUACAUCGAGAUGUUAAGGCUGGAAAUAUUCUAGUAGAUGCACGUGGUGCAAUCAAGCUAGGAGAUUUUGGUGUUUCUGCUUGCCUUUUUGAUUCAGGUGAUAGACAACGCACAAGAAAUACUUUUGUGGGGACUCCUUGCUGGAUGGCACCUGAGGUUAUGGAGCAAUUACACGGUUAUGACUUCAAGGCAGAUAUUUGGUCUUUCGGUAUAACAGCGCUGGAGUUGGCCCACGGUCAUGCUCCUUUCUCAAAGUACCCUCCAAUGAAGGUUUUGCUUAUGACCUUGCAAAAUGCACCACCAGGCCUUGAUUAUGAGAGGGACAAGAAGUUUUCUAAGUCAUUUAAGCAGAUGAUUGCUAGUUGCUUGGUAAAAGAUCCUUCGAAACGACCUUCUGCGAAAAAGCUGUUAAAGCAUUCAUUCUUUAGGAAAGCUAGGUCCAAUGACUAUAUUGCCCGAACUAUUUUAGAUGGGUUGCCAAGUCUUGGUGAUCGGAUGAAAACAUUGAAGAUGAAAGAAGAAGAUAUGCUUGCACAGAAAAAAAUGCCGGAUGGGAAAAAGGAGGAAAUAUCACAGAAUGAAUACAAACGAGGGCUUAGUGGUUGGAACUUUGAUAUUGAAGAUCUGAAGGCACAAGCUUCCCUGAUUCAAGAUGUUGAGGAAAGUCUGACAGAUAAAGAACAAGGAGGGAGCUCUUGUUCGUCUUUUGGUCAAGGGAGCUUCUAUUCUUCUUUUGGUGUUGACAUGCAGGAUAUACAAUCAGAACCACUAUAUCAACCUUCUGCUAUUGGCCAAAUUUUGAAGGAUAUUGCAGAUAUUGAAGAUAAUGAUGUGAUAUGGAACCGGCCUGCACAUCCUCAAUUAGCUGACUUAACAGUUCAGAAUUCCAAAGCUAUGUGUGAUGCAUCAGAUGAUGAAUUAAGUGUUUGCUGUGUUGCUGGUUCAAGUUGUGAACAGAAUAUUUCGCAGAAUGGUUUGCUGCAUCUUGAUGAUCACAUUUUCAAUGUUGUGAUCGAAAAGCAUGAACUGGAGAUCAAUGGUGGCUUGUCAGAGGGUAUGAUUAGUCAUUCUUCUCUCCAAUUUGGAGAUUCAUCAGGGACCAAUGUACUUGAUCUUGCCUUUGUCAAAGAAGAGAGUGAGAAGCAGCAAAGUCAGCAUCAGAAUAUGGUCAGUUCUGAUGGAAUAAUGGUUCCACAUGUAGUGGAUGAUGCACCGUCUGAAUCUCUUUCUAAAGCAUCCAAGGCAUCAGCAGUGGGUGAUGAUCUUGAUGAAAAAGCGAGGGCACCAGUUGUACAACAAAGGGGACGUUUCAAGGUGACAUCUGAAAAUGUUGACUUAGAAAAGGUGCCUCCAUCCCCUAUGCUGCAAAAGAGUCACAGCAUGCAGGUGAUUACCCAACUUCCUGUACUUGGUCAAUUACCAUCAUUUGCUGCUAGAUCAUCAAAUCCUCCUGGAAAUUCAUUUUACCUUCAGUUGCAUUGUCUUUUGCAGACAAAUAUUCAACAGAGGGAGAGUAUUUUAAGUUUAAUGAAGCAAACCUCUUCUGGUGAUUACACAGGUAAUUGUGAUGGAGGUUAUGUGCCAACAACUACCCUCACAGAGAAGUCCUUGCUAGAGGCAGCACAUGAUAGGGAGAAGGAGUUACUACAAGAAGUAACAGAAUUGCAGCGGAGGCUCAUGUGUGCUCAAGAUGAACUUCAGAAGCUUAAAACAAGAAAUGCUCAGGUGUGAUCCAAAUCUUUAUUGAUGUUCGAUUUUUCAUUAAAACAAUUUCUCCUUAUAAGGGGGAAAGGUCAUGAAAAUUUUCUCCAAGAUGAAGAUGAAAGCAAAGAAGUUGACAACUGAGGGUUGUAGCUUAAAACUACUAUAGGAUCAUUUUGCUCUUCUUUAUGCUAGUAGGUGGGGCCUGCUAUGGAUGACAAUAAUGCCAAGUCCUCAACCAAUUUGUGCAGAUUCUAUAGUGUUUGGAUCACAUGUAUACGUUCUAAUUGUCAAAGCUAGCUGUUACCGUAAUGUAUAAUAUACAUUCAUUUCAAAUUUUUAAGUAACAUUUUUUGC